CGAGUUCAGUUCGGGCUACAGAGUUGCGUGGAGCAACGAAGAAAAACAAGGAAUCCAGGAAAAGUUACAUCCAAGUUUGUCAUGGCUGCGACGGUGUGGACAGGSCGAACUCGGCAGGCAGUGACAACCCUAGGGACGGUGACAAGAGCCAGUCACUCAGCUGUCAAGUCUCACUACGACGCGGUGAUCAUCGGAGGAGGACACAAUGGACUGGUAGCGGCAGCCUAUCUGCAGAAGGGUGGGCUGAAGACAGCAGUUCUGGAACGCAGACACGUUCUGGGAGGGGCGGCAGUGUCGGAGGAAAUCAUCCCAGGUUUCCAUUUCUCCCGGUGUUCCUAUCUCCUCAGCCUGCUCAGACCACACAUCUUCAGAGACCUGGAGCUCAAGAAACAUGGACUGAAGCUGUACAUGCGGGACCCCCAUGCCUUCACCCCAAUGUUGGAGGAGGGGGUAGGGGGUCUCCCCCCUCGGUCUCUACUGCUGGGCUCAGACCUGGCCAUGAACCAGAGGGAGAUCGGCAAGUUCUCUGAGACAGACGCCAAGGCGUACCCAGAGUUUAUAACCCACCUGGAUAAGUUAGCGGCGGCCAUCCAUCCCCUCCUGGACUCGCCCCCAGUAGACAUCGCAGGGUUAACCGGCGGGGCCCUGAGGAGGAGGAUGGCAGCACUGAGGAGUGCCUUGCCCCUUGUCCAAUGUGGCCUGAAACUGGGCAAGAACAUUCCAGACUUCUAUGAGAUCGUAACUGCACCAAUAAUGAAGGUUGAUAGACCACCUAUAUCACUUUGUUUCUUUCACUUAUCAUCGUAUGUCCUCCUUCAUCAUGUGAUGGGGGAGCUGGAGAAGGAGAAGGGAGCGUGGGGUUAUGUGGAGGGGGGCAUGGGAGGGGUGUCCAAGGCCAUCGCUAGCUCUGCCCGCUCCCACGGAGCAGACAUCUUUACUGAACAGGAUGUGCAUCAGGUCUUGGUAGGGUCAGAUGGCAGUGCCAAGGGGGUGGUCCUGAAGGAUGGCACAGAGAUCUACAGCAGAGUGGUACUGUCCAACGCUACACCCUACGUCACCUUUAAAACACUCACUCCUCAGAGUGCUCUUUCUCCAGCAUUCAUCAAAGCUGUAGAUCAGAUAGACUACACCUCCCCUGUCACUAAGAUUAAUGUGGCAGUGGAUAAGCUUCCUAACUUUUUAGCGGCCCCCACACCAGACGGCAAGCCUGGCCCACACCACCAGUGUUCUAUCCACCUCAACUGUGAGAGUGUGGAGGUGUUACAGACAGCCUACGAAAACUGCAUGGAGGGACGGCCCUCGUCCAGGCCCAUGAUCGAGAUGACCAUUCCAUCGGUGUUGGACCCAACUCUGGCUCCCCCUGGUAGUCAUGUGGUGUUACUGUUCACCCAGUUUACGCCAUAUAGUCUGGUGGGAGGGAGAGCGUGGACAGACCAGGACAGAGAGGCCUUUGCAGACUCAGUAUUUAGCUGGAUUGAGCAGUAUGCCCCUGGGUUCAAAUCCUCCAUUGUUGGCAAAGACGUCCUGACUCCCCCCGACCUGGAGAGGAUAUUUGGCCUAACUGGAGGGAAUAUCUUCCACGGAGCAAUGUCAUUGGAUCAGCUCUACCUCGCUCGACCUCUACCCUCCCUUUCAGACUACCGUUCACCAAUCAAAGGGCUUUAUCUUUGUGGCAGUGGCUCCCAUCCAGGUGGUGGAGUGAUGGGGUCUCCAGGGUGGAAUGCUGCUCUGGCUGCCAUGGCCGACCUGAAACRUGGCUGAAACCUUAACCCGCUCUGACGGGAUGAAGGGCGGGAGAUUUGGACGUCCAUGCCAAUACCUUAACACUGCCCUCCCAGUUGUAGGUGCUUCAUAGCCCUGUGCACCGUUUGGGCAGUUUUUAACUUUAGGAAUAAUGAAAUGAUUUCCAAUGUGCAAACUCUUCCCACCCGGUGCCCUUGGUUAGCUAAAAUGAACGCUCUGUUUCUAGAGGAACGAUCUCAGAUUCACAGACCUCAACUCUCAAUGAAGAAGUACAGAUCUCCAUCCACUUGUAUGGUACUGUGACACCAUGACACGUCUUUUAUUGAACAUUCAACUGAUGACAUCCCAAAGGGAAGCUAAUUCAAACCUUAAGCAUACUAGAAUUGUAGAAUAGAACACUAUAAGGAGUUGACUUCUGGAAUAGAACAUGAAUGACAUAACAAAAGCUCAAACUCAAAAGCUCUCAGCCUAAUUGUAGAAAAGAAUGUGCACUCCACAUCAGUGUUUCCCAACUCCAGUCCUCCUGUACCCCAACAGCACACAUUUGUGUUGUAGCCUCGGAGAAACACACCUGAUCAACUCAUAGAGGGCUUGCUGAUAAGUUGACAAAUUGAUAAGGGUGCUUUAUCCAGGGCUACAAUUGGGGGUACUGGAAUUGGUUUAAACUGCUCUACGUGACAAACACACAAUUCAUCUUCUGCAACAACAAAAAAAACAUCAAAGAGAUAAACAAAACAGAAGUAAUAGUAUGACAUCAAUUACUGUUUUGAUUGUGUUAAACAUUGAAAUGUAUAUGUGUGUUUUGUGAAUAAAACUUACCAGAGGAAUCUUAAAAAUCUA